AUGCGCACGGAGCGGCAGCACCGCUGUCCGCAGCAGACAGGGUGUCGCCGACUCGCCGCCGUAGACAUGCCGUCGCUCAGCGGCGCUAGCCCCCGCCCGCGCCCGCGCCACCCGCGCACACCCGCGCACGCCCGCAGCGCCGAGCCGAACAUCAACAAGUUAUUUCGGCUCGGCCGUUCAUAUGCACAAAAGAGCUCAAAUUGCACACCGCAUCCGUUCACU